UUUUUAUGUUGCUAGGCAGUGAUGUAAAGCCAGAUUUUGAAACUCUUCUUUGAAUAAAUAGGAGACAAAGACGUCAGAUGGCCUUUGUGUGAUAUUUCAAAUAUUAGAUCUGAAGCUGGUCGACUGCAUCUUCCGUGUUCCUGAUGCAGAGGUGAGACCAUGUUGGAGCCUCUGGAGCCGAGCCAGGGGAUCGUGGAGUGGCUCUCCACGCUCCGCCUCUCCCAGUAUACAUCAUAUUUCCUGCAAGGAGGCUAUCACGCUCUGCAAGACUGCAAAGACCUCACUGAUGAGCGCCUACUUGAGCUUAAAGUGCUUCCAACAGGCCACCGUAGACGCAUCCUCCGGAGUUUGGAAGCACUUGGGGUGAAGCCACUGAGCGGAGAGGAAGAUGAAGAAGAAGAGGGAGCUGCAGAGAACGGGGUUUGCCAGAGGAAACCGGUGCCACACCCGAGACAUAUCUUCCUGACAGAUAAAAAGAGGGGGACUUCAUGUCAGCACCAUCAGCCAGAAGAGAAGAAGGAGCAGGAGGGGAGUCAGACUUUGCCUCCAGGAGCUGGACUCGGACCAGCAACUGAGGAGAGCAGAUAUGGUCGCCCGCCGCAACCGGCCCCGCGUGAUCCCCAGAACAUCAAAACAUCCAUAGCUGAACAUUACUUCAUCCCUCCAUCCACAUCCUCCAGGAGCAGCAGCAGCAGCAGCGAGUCUCUCUCCAUAUCUGAGAUACCCUCAGAUUGGGAGAUUUCCUCGGAGAAUCCCUCGCUGUCGAGCACCGACUCCUUCCCCUGUAUAGCUGACGUUUCCCAUUCGACGCUCACAGAGGACGGUUCUGGUUUUCACUGUGAAAUGGUGGAAAACUCGAUCUACGAGACACAGCCUGGUUUUAAGGCUCCUGCAGGUCCACGGCUCACUCGCUCCUACAGGCUGAGGCACCGUCCUGUUCCUGAAAUCCCGAAUCAGAUCAUACUGCCCCCUCAGGACAGGAGCGCACCACCAGCGCAAACAUCCAGCCCUGAACACCUAACCGGCUCCGAAGGUCCCAUCGGUGCAAACAGCAUACAGAAAGCUCCACUUCAAAGAACCUUGACGCCUAUUGCUCCCUACGGAGAGAUGUUCCUGUACAACAACCCCGAAAGCGCUCCGGACCGAGGCGCAAAAGAACGGCUGCAGAAAGGUUUCAAGGACAAGAUAAAGGCGAAGAAACAGAGGAAAAAGACGCCCAAACGGAAAAAAUCCAAGGAAAAAAAAUCUCCCUCUGCUCCCUCUAUCCCAGACCCCUACACAGAAGAAUACUCAACGGUGGAGGAGUGCGCCAGCAUUUUGCCGCGAGCCAGUUUGGACCAAAGUUUUCCCGUGACCGCAGAGGCUCUUGCUGUGGGACCAGCUGCCUCUGGCCCUCAGGACGGGUCUUUAAUCAUGGUGGAGUGUGACCUCUACUCCGAGUCUGUGGACGCUCUGGGGGCUGCGACCACGAGCGCACUGCCUGAUAUUUCUCCAUACGCGUGCUUCUAUGGACCCUCCAAACAUCAGGUGCUCAAAGUGGGCUGGCUGGACAAGCUGUCGCCUCAAGGAAACUGUGUUUUUCAGCGGAGGUGGGUGAGAUUUGAUGGCGAGAGUCUGGCUUACUACAACAGUGACAAGGAGAUGUACUCUAAAGGUAUGAUCCUCGCCAGUGCUAUUAGACAGGUGCGAGGUCUCGGUGACAACAAGUUUGAGGUCGUCACAUCCCUUCGGACUUUUGUAUUCCGGGCUGAAAGAGAAGGGGAGCGCCAGGAGUGGAUGGAAACUCUUCAGACGGCCACGCGCCCCCCCGCCUGCGGCUCCCAGAAGCGCUCCGACAGCCUCCCCCGCCCUUCCUCCACAAACAAGCGAGGCUUGCUGGAGCUCCGCGGUUACAAAGGCAGAGUGCUGGUGUCCCUGGCGGGGAGUAAAGUCAGGCUCUGCAAAACAGAACAGGACUAUAAAGCGGGCCUGGCUAUCGCAGAAUUGGAGCUGACUGCUGCCAACAUUCGAGACGUGGACCGCCGAGGCUUUGAAAUCAACACGCCCUUCAAGAACUUCUGCUUCACGGCCGAGUCAGAACGGGAGAAGGAGGAGUGGAUUGAAGCGGUCCAGGAAUCGAUCGCUGAGACACUCUCCGACUAUGAAGUGGCAGAGAAGAUCUGGUUCAACGAGGCCAACAGGACCUGCGCCGACUGUCGCGCCCCGCAGCCGGAGUGGGCGUCUAUCAAUCUGGGUGUGGUCGUCUGCAAGAAGUGUGCAGGGCAACACCGCUCCCUCGGCCCGAGUAUAUCAAAAGUGCGGAGCUUGAAGUUGGACAGCAGCAUCUGGAGCAAUGAGCUCGUGGAGCUCUUCCUGGAGGUCGGGAACCAGAACGCUAACAGUUUCUGGGCUGCUAAUCUUCCCUUGGAGGAGGAACUCUACAGCGGGGCUUCGGCGGAGCAGCGUGCCACGUUCAUCCGCAGGAAGUACAGAGAGAGGAAGUACUGCAGGGACCUGGAGGGCUUUGAUGACCUGGAGCAGCUCAACUGGGCGCUGUGUGCAGCUGUGGUGUUGCCUGACGUGCUGCAGACCAUGGCACUGGUGUUCAGUGGGGCAGAUGUUAUGUGCGCCACCGGGGAUCCGACCUCCUCCACCCCGUAUCUCUUGGCUCAACGCGCUGGACAGAAGCUACAGAUGGAGUUUCUGCACCAGAACAAACUCUCUGAUUUCCCCAGACUCGAGCCAUGGUCGGAGAGCACCUCCCUGUCCGAUGCUUCCCUUUUCAUGGAUGGCUUCCUCUACAUCUCCACCGGCCCCGCCAAGACAACGCUGGACCGCCGGGGAAGAGACGACAUGGCCCGUCGUUGGUGUACGCUGGAGGGCGGCUUCCUCAGUUACUACGAGAACGAGCGAUGCCCGUUGGCCAUCGGCAGGGUGGACGUCACCGAGGUGGUCAGCCUGGCUGUCAGCAACACAGAGACAAUGACUGGAGCUGGGGCUGUGUUUACCGUGGAGCUGUACCUGCAGACGGAGCGAGCGCUGAUUGUCGGAGCCGAAACACAGGAAACACAGCAUGACUGGAUCCAGGCACUAACAAAGUGCUUCGUUCCGUCUAAAGUCGAGGGACUGGUGCAGAGAGACGGCGAGCUGAUUGGCAGACUGCACUACAAAGAGGGCCACGACCUGUACCACUGGAGGGUGGGCUGGUUUACGCUGGAAGGCUCUGCCCUGCACUUCAGCCCAGGAGACGAGGAGGGCGAGGAGGAAGUCCUUCAACUCAAACAGCUGCAGGAGCUCACUGUCUCCACACAUACAGAGGGUGAAGACAAGAUCCAAGUCCUGCUGAUGGUGGAGGGAAGAAGAACAGUUUACAUCCACGGUUUCAACAAGAUGGACUUUGCACUGUGGCACUCUGCCAUCACACUCGCUGCCGCCACAGAUGGCAAGGCGCUCAGCGACCAACAGCUGACUAAGAAUGGAGUCCCCAUUAUACUCGACAGUUGCAUCGCUUUUGUCACCCAAUAUGGUUUGUGCCAGGAGGGGGUCUACCAGAGGCCGGGUGACCCUGGUCGAGUAGCUUCACUCCUGGAGGAGUUCAUGCGAGACGCCCGAAAUGUGAAGUUGAGGAAGAAGGAGCACCAGCUGGAAGAUGUGACGGACACCCUGAAGAGCUUCUUAUCCCAGGCAGAGGACGCACUGCUGACCAAGGAGCUGUAUCCGUACUGGGUGUCUGCCUUGGAUGAGAAGGACGAGAGGCAGAGAGUAAAGAAGUACUCCACUUUCAUCGAGAGUUUGCCAAAGAUAAACAGGUCAACCCUUGAUGCUCUGCUCCAACAUCUGUACAGGAUUCAGCAGUGUUCCCACCUCAACCACAUGCCGAGCGAAAAACUGGCUUCUGUCUUCUCCUCCUGCUUGUUCCAGACUCAGGGACAAACCCCACAGGAAACCAGCGUCGUCCAUGACCUCAUCAGCAACUACAUUACACUCUUCAGUGUCAAUGAAGAGCGGGUGCAACAGAUGGAGAGAGAGAAUAGUUUCAUCACACGCUGGAACGAGAAGAAGGACGCCACGUUCUCUCCAGCUGGGGACUUGAUCUUCGAGGUGUACCUGGAAAAGAGAGAGCCGGAGAACUGUUGUUUAAUCAAGGUCUCUCCGAGCAUGAGAUCGUCGGAACUCGCAGAAACGUCGCUGAGUAUGAGGAACGUCACUUUCAGCGCCGAUGACUGCUGGACCACCUUUGAGGUCAUUGAGAAUGGAGAGUUAGAGCGGCCGUUGCACCACAGUGAGAAGAUUCUUGAACAGGUGCUGGAGUGGAGCGCUCUGGACUGCCCUCGGUGUGCUUUUCUUGUUAUAAAGAAAUUUACAGAGGCUAAAAGAGAAGCAGAUGGAAAAGCAGAUCAAAGGCAUUUUAAAAAAGGAGACUAUCUGAAGUUCAACGAUGGAUCCUCCAAACUGCUGUCGGGACACAAAUUUCAGGACAAAUAUGUUGUACUACGUGCAGCGCAUCUGCUGCUCUACAGAGAUAUCAAAGGCACUAAAGCUGAAAAAGUAAUUCAUCUCAAAUCUGUGAAAUGUUACCUUGGCUUGAAGAAAAAGCUCAAACCUCCAACCAGCUGGGGCUUCACAGUCUACACUGAUAAACAACAAUGGCAUUUCUGCUGCGAGACGAGGGAGGCGCAGGUCAGCUGGGUGACGGACAUCAUCGGGAUGAAGUACGGUUCAGACAUCUGCUCUAAGAGCGGAAACUCAAAAGAAGCAGCAGAUCAUAAAUCGUCGAGAGGCAGUGCUGUGACCGAAGGCUGGAAGAAUCCAGCACCCAACCACAAUACCAGCAAACAGCUGACAGACAAGAGGAUUUCUCUUGCUGAUGACACCCUAAGGCCCACCAAGGACGCCACUCUGCACCACAAGACAAACACCACCGCCAACUGCCCGAAGCACGUCGACACGCUCAAGGCCCCAGAAGUCCCACACAGGAGAGCCUCGGCGGAUUCUGGCAAGCCUCGACACCUCCCUUCCCUGUCCCCGUCCAGACUGUGGCAGCCCGCGGCUUCGCCCGUUCCUCCUCAGAGCGGCUGUAAGACCCUCGGCAGGAGACCCGUUCUGGGCGGGGAAAGUAUGAUGCCGCCUAAUCUGCUGGACGAACUUAACUCGGUGCUGAGCAAGACUAGUCGCAGCACCAAGAGCAAUGACUGACAGGAAGAAGUCAGAAGAAACAGAGGUUAGUUUGGACGGUAAGACAAACAUUACAGGGCUGAGUGGAGAAAAAAUAAAGACGUGGAGACUGACAGAAAGACCACACAAUGCAGGCAGAGCCAAAGUACUUUCACGAGGGGGGAUUAUAGCCUGGAGACUGCUUUUGAACUCCGAGAUAUAAAGGGAUGCCGAUGCACAAGGGGACGUGGAGAACAGGUGCGGGAGACGGUGGAGGUCAUGCAAACCUCAGCUGGACGUGGCGCUGACCCAAGCACUACAAAGCGUGAUUUAUAUGCGGCUCCUCUAAACUCAGAGAAUGUUACAAAAGUAUGUUUGGCUGUCAAACCACAAAAGUUUCCAGAAAUACUCCAAAGUGCUUCAUGCUUUUGAGUUUCCAGUUAUUGGAAACAAACCGUCUUUUGACUACAUCUGAAAAGUAUUUUAAUUAUUUUAGUCCUUAUGCAGUGAAGUUUAUCUUUAGAUGAACAUUAAAUUUUAUAUCUAGCACUUUUGCUACAAAAGCACAUAAUGAAUAGCAUUUCCUCUGUUUUUAAAGACCUUCUUUAGCCAGGCAGUCAGAUUAUAGCUACAGUAUCUUUGGAAAACGCCAACAUGACACUUAAAUUGAUGAAUUUACUGUGUAUCAAGACAAGAACAACACACAAACUCUCUCUUUUGCUUUCUUCUUUACUGUCUUCUUUGGGUGCAGCUUUGUGUUGUUUUAGAGGCAGGGCGCCAUUUGGCUGAUUCUGCACCGCCACAGGCUGGGCUGAGUGCACGGCAGGAAGGAUAGACGUUUUUCUGAGGUCAUGAACUUUUUGGAAGUCGCUCAAGACAGCACUAUGAUUUAUUUUAUUUUUUUCUCCAUCCGGACUUUUCUGUUGUUGCUGAAUGGAGAUAUUCUUCAUGUUUGUGCUCAAAAGUUGUGCACUUUUUAGCAGCUAAGUCUAUUAGGAGCCAGGUGCUGUCGCUGGUGGGCGAUAUAAACCUUCACAACGACUGGCAUUACAAAUGUUGGAACGGGGAAACACGUCUAUCCAUCCUGCGGUGCGACAGUAAAAAGGAGAGCAAAAGAGAGACAGUUGGUCUGUUGUGCCAUUUCAGCCACUGCGUUGAUUUCACCCGUUCAUCACACAUAUGCUACAGAUACCAGUAUUAACAUUACCAACACGCAACUAAGUAACUAAGUAACGUAACUAAGUUAGAAAAAGACAAACUGACAGACGAAAUGACCAAGAGACAGACAGAAAAACAGACACACCGACACAGAGAGAUAUAACUCAGCUAUAAUGCUACAAAUAUGCUAAAGAUAUGUAGACUCGCUAGCUCACAAUGAUGGUUAUCAUGUUUAUGACGCGCGCUUUGAGGAUGACCAGCAGUCAUGUCAUCUUUACAUUUUAGCAACAGCCAUCUUUUUCUUUAACCUUGAGCUUAAAAUAAUGUUGUUUGUCAAAACAAUAUUUGUCAAACAGUGUGGCUAAACAACGCCAGGAAAUAACAGGACAGUCAGUAUCAUCAAAAUGCCAAAAUAAACUGUGGAGAGGCUUUAAUUAAUAGUGGCGGGGUCCGCCAUCAUCACACAGAAUUAGAAUACUCAUAGUUUAUAUUGGCCCGCUAGCUGAUAACUAUGGCUGAUAGACAUCAGAUGCAGUAUUAGCUGAUAGUGUUGGGCAGUCUCACAAGUAUUAUUUAUUUGUAAUUAUUUGUUUUAAAUAUGUUUUUUAACAGUUACCCACAUUUUUUUGUGUUGUAACCAUUAGCUUUUUAGCUAGAUAACUCUUUUUGUAAGCAUUUUUAAACUUUGCACUGGCUGCCACCAAAUAUAAAUUUAAUGUACAGUAUAAAUAUAGCAAAAAACAUUUCAAAAAGCCUCAAGGUACUGCGUUACUGAACAUUUUAGAACUUUCAUGUUUGUACAAUAAUAAAGUAAUUCAUGCAGGCCAGAUUUAGCUAACACCUCUCCAUGUUUUUGUAUGUUUAUUGGUGGGAAAAUAAAACAGAUACCUACAA